AUGUGCGAGUGCCGGCAGAAGAAGUCGUUCUUAAUCGCGGACAUUUUGAGCGAUUCUGGAAAAAAUACUAAGAAUGUGACCAAAAACACGCCUCACGAACAGUCUUCAAGAGUAAGUGACAAUUAUAUCAAACCGAUUACCAAAUACGAUGAAAUGGAACUUGAAUUGACGAAAAUCAAGGUAAACUUAGAACAGCGGAGGAACACAUAUCCGUUAUACCCUACACCGAUAAAGGCUAAUAUCCCGUGGCCGGGUUAUAGGAUGAAGACAGGGUACCCAGUUGAUUCGAGGUGUCCGAUGGGCCUGUACAGUGAACAGAUAAUUAAGUCAGAUCAGAUACUGAGGAGUCAGCUCGCAGUCAACAGAUUUGCCUCGAACCCCUACAGUUUGCGACAAGCGUAUGGAUACGACAGAGUUCCACAUUCAUUCUGUAGUCCCUGGUGGGGAGUGGGAGGGAGGAGAAAAGGCGGGCAAGUGAGGUUUAGCGCAGCACAAACAGGUGCCUUGGAGCGUCGCUUCGGAGCCAGCAAAUACCUGAGUCCUGAUGAACGAAGGGCUCUUGCCGUCUCGUUAAGACUUAGCGAUCGACAGGUUAAGACAUGGUUUCAAAAUCGGCGAGCAAAAUGGCGGCGAACAACACCGGAAUCCGCUGAUCCAGGAAGUCCGCCUUCAAAUGAUGACUCCGAUGAUGACGUACAAAUAGCGGAUGUUGACCAACAUUAA